AUGGUCAAAAAGAUCUCAGUCAUUAAGAAGUACUUAACAGUGGACUCCAAUAACCACAGAAACGUCACGCUGUGUGUUCUUAUGGUGUGGUUUUAUGCAGUUUUUCUUUUUUCCCUGAAGCCGUAUGUUCCCUGUCAGACGGAUAAGAGCGGCCGGCUGAGACUAGAGACGGUUGACGAUCUGUUCAACAUCAUGCAGCUGAAGAAGAGGAGGAGGGAGAGGAAGGCUCCGAUCAAUAAGAAACCACAGCCAGUGCCAGAGACCCUGCCAGCCUGGGUGGAUGAGAACAUGUUUCUGACUGCAGCCAGUGACAACAAGAUGCCGCUGGUGGAGAAGUACCUGACUGACGGAGGAAACCCCAAUGCAGCCGACCAUUUCCAGAGGACAGCGCUGCACAAAGCCUCGUUCAAAGGACACGUGGACGUCAUGAAGAGACUCCUGGAGGCCGGAGCCACAAUCGACAAAAAAGACAAGCUGGAGGCCACAGCGGUGCACUGGUCCUGCAGAGGAGGCAGCCUGCCGGCCCUGCAGCUCCUCAUGGACCAGGGGGCAAAGGUCACCUACAGAGACAAGUUGAACAGCACUCCUCUCCAUGUCGCUGUGCGGACCGGACACUGUGAGUGCGCCGAGCAUCUGAUCCACUGCGGAGCCGACGUCAACGCCAAGGACAGGGACGGAGACACGGCCAUGCACGACGCUGUGAGAAUAAACAGAUUCAAGAUGAUCAAGCUGCUGAUGAUGUACGGAGCCAGUCUCACCACAAAGAACUCUGAUGGAAAAACCCCUCUGGAGACUCUGAAUUCAUGGCAGAACGGCGCCAAGAGCCUCCUGUGUAACUUCAGCCAAGAGAAACCUGAUUCAGUAACACGUUCCUAAAAACAAAAUGCAACAUGAGAUUCAACCCGUG